AUUCAUUGUUAUAGAUACAAUUAGUUUUACAAAAUGAGUGACAAAAUUAAGAGGUUUGCUUCAGUUAAUUAUAGAAAAAAGGCACCUGUUUCUAAAAGAUCAAGUCUUCAAUUUACUAACAUAUCAAGACAUAAUUCAAUCAUUGGUUUAGAAGAAUUGAUACAAUGCGGAAUAUGUAUGGAAGAAUUGGUCAAUCCACGUAUGCUGGAUUGUCAACAUACUUUUUGUCUUACUUGCCUCCAAAAUCUGUUCAUUGAGAAAUCCACCCUUUUAGCUACAUCCCCAUCAGGAAAACUGGAUACUGCUAAACAAAAAAUCGAUGUAAUCGACUGUCCAACUUGUUUUAAUCAAACCCCUUUACCGGACGGAAACUACUCACUGGAAAAAUUAAAAAGUAAUGUUUACAUAGAUUCAUUGUUGAAGUUGGUAAAGGGUCAAAAUUCACCCCAACUGACCCAGGAAUUAAGGUGUGUUAAAUGCCAAACGGUGUCUAGUAAUAAUAGUCAUCAAAUAUGUCAGCACUGUUCUCAGAUAUUCUGCAAUAUAUGUUGGCAAGGUCAUAUUGUAGAACUCAACGAUAUCUUAACGAACCUAAAUCAACAAUUAGAUGAAACUGAGAGGAAAUUGGAACAUAAAACGCGCUAUUUCACUGAUCAUUGUGAACAAAUAAGAGAGACUGUAAGAAAGGCAAUAGAAGAUAAAGUUGCUCACCUUUUAAAAACCCAAAAGAAGUUAUCUGAAGAAUUGAAUUUAUAUAAAGCGGAUUCGAAAAGAGCUGCCGAAAGUCUUAAGACUAGAGUCGCUGAACUGAAGUUGAAAAUCAAAGAAGAAAUUAAUGAUGUUAGAAAUGACAAAGUACAAGUUUUCAUGACGCUUCAUAAGGAUGGUUCCGAGCUUUUAAACGAAAUUUACACUUUUGGUGAAUCCAAAGUAAUAUUUGAUUCUGAUAGAUGUAAAUUAGACCUUUGCGACGAAGGAAUUUACAAUGAUGAAGAUGAAGCGGAGAUACUUCAGUCACUGGACCCAGCCGUGGAACAUUACAAAACAAGGACAUUUCUUCCCACUCUUAAAUGGUCCAAAUGUCCUAGACCUGCAGGUGUUGCCGUUUCGCCAUGGGAUUCUUCAAACAUUUAUAUCGCUUCAACAGAUAGUAAAAGUAUUAGGAUUUUAGAUCGAAACCGUCAAAAAUUGGUUGGCAAAAUAACUCAUGAGAACUUUGUUUGUCCUACGGCACUCGCUUUUUCCUCAAGUAGAAAUGAAUUGUAUGUUUCGGAUAAAUGGCAAGACUGUAUUCAUGUAUUUUCUAAAAAUAAGGAAUAUAUGAGAAUGAUUUGCCACGGAGUGAUAAAAACCCCCGAUGGAGUCAGUGUCGGUCCCAAUGAUGAACUCGUAAUAUCCGAUACUGGAAAUAACAGAGUGGUUAUUGUACAUCCCACCGAUGGAAGUAUUAUUUCAGAAAUUUCAGGUCUGAACUAUCCUACUGGACUUACCACAUAUGGAGAUAACAUUAUUGUAGCUGACACCGGCAACCAUAGAAUAAAAAUUUUUAAUAUGCAAGGUAAACUUCUACAAGAAUUCGGUAGUUUAGGCAAGAAUCCUGGACAAUUCCGUUACGCUGAAGCGGUUGCUGUAGAUCCUUUAGGUUUUAUUUUGGUUGGUGAUGGCGGAAAUGCUAGAAUACAAGUGUUUAAGCCUGAUGGAACAAUAAUCAAGAUAUUUGGACGAAAACAGAAUUUCGGUUGGGUAUCCGGAUUAGCUAUAACACCAGAUUUAAGUAUAAUAAUGACGGAUCACAAGAAUAAAAAUUGUAUAAUUUUCUAAUCAGAUACAAGUGUGUACAUGUGUAUUAAUUAAAAUUGUGGUAUUGGACUAAUUAUCAGAUAAAUAUAAUAAAUUAUAGUUA